AUGAGAAGAUUUUAUUUUUAAAAAUAUGAGAAGUAAUCAAGUCCCGAUGAUCUUUUAAGAAGAUUAAAUAAUUAAGCAAUAAGCCCAAAAUUCAUUGAUUACAUAAUAACAAAUGAAAAAAAUGAGAAAAAAAAACAAAUGAUUGAUAGUUAUAGAAAAAGAAAUUGUAAAUCACUCGAUCCAGUCAGAAAUAUUAAAAUGGAUAGUUAAACUUUGUAAGAAGAAUAUUAUAAAUAUAUUACCAAUACAGAAGAUGGAACAUAAUUUAAGAUUCUAAAUACUGAUCAAUAAUUAAAACACACACCUUAACAAAGUGUUAAAUGUUUGUCUAAAAUUCUUUCAUUUGAACAUAAACUUUUAAAUCCAUUUUGA